AUAUCUCUCUCUCUCUUUCUCUCUCUCUUCUCUCUCUCUCUCUCUCUCUCUCGCUCUCUCGCUCUCUCUCAGAACUGAGCCCACUCCCUCCUCAGCGGUCGAGCCCAUGAGUUUUCAGAUGAGAAAUCAGAAGACAACAAGAAACCAAUCUUUGUGUUUCUUGUAAGAGCGGAUUAAACAAUUGUUGUUUUUCUUUCGGGAGGAGCAGAGCAACAAGGAGGAAUCUGACCCAGACUUCUAAUAGCCAACCCUGCAACCUUCACAUCACUACAGAGGUGGGAUGAGAUUCCUCGCAAGAGGAUAACUCUGACAGGCAGUCAUAACAACUCAGCUUCGGUUUACUCUCUCGAGAUUGUGCAAGACUCUCCGUUUUUGUGACAUCUGCACCAAGACAAAAGAGUCCUGUCUCCUCUCCUCUCAUCUUGAGCCACGAUGAAUGAAGUUCAGGAGGCAACCUCCCCUGCAACCAGCCUGAGUGGCCCGGCUACCUGUGUCUCCAAAGUUGAGCUGCGUGUGUCAUGCAAAGCUCUGCUGGACCGAGACACGCUGAAUAAGUCGGACCCCUGUGUCGUACUCAUGUUACAGAACAAUGGACAAUGGAUUGAGUUGGAUCGGUCAGAAGUGAUCAAGAGCAACUUACACCCGAUCUUUGGGAAGGUUUUCGGACUGGAUUACUACUUUGAGGAGGUACAGAAGCUGCGAUUUGAGGUCUACGACAUCCACGGGACUCACAGCAUAGGGACGCGUGACGAUGACUUCCUGGGAGGCAUGGAGUGCACGCUCGGUCAGAUCGUGGCCCAGAAGAAGAUGAUAAAACCCUUGCUGCUGAAGUACGGGAAAUAUGCCGGCAAGUCCACCAUCACAGUACACGCAGAAGAGAUUUCUGGCAACAAUGGGUAUGUGGAGCUCUCCUUCUGCGCUAAGAAGCUGGAUGAUAAGGAUCUGUUCAGCAAGUCAGACCCGUUUCUGGAAAUAUUUCGACUCAACGACGAUGGAACUGAGCAGCUUGUCCACAGAACCGAGGUGAUUAAAAACAACCUGAACCCAGUGUGGGAGCCCUUUAAAGUGUCACUCAUAUCUCUGUGCAGCUGCGAUGAAGAGCGGAAACUCAAGUGCCUAGUGUGGGAUUAUGACUCCAGAGGAAAGCAUGAUUUCAUCGGCGAGUUCUAUGCCACAUUCAGGGAAAUGCAGAAAAUUUCCAGUGGAAAUAAGGUUUCAUGGGAUUGUGUGAAUCCUAAGUACAAACAGAAGAAGAGAAACUAUAAAAAUUCAGGAGUUGUCAUUCUCAGUGACCUGAAGCUCCACAGAGUCUACUCCUUCUUAGAUUACAUCAUGGGAGGAUGUCAAAUUCAUUUUACGGUUGCUAUUGACUUCACAGCAUCCAACGGAGACCCCAGGAACAGCUGCUCAUUGCACUACAUUAACCCGUACCAACCCAAUGAGUAUUUAAAGGCUCUGAUAGCCGUGGGCGAGAUCUGUCAAGACUAUGACAGUGACAAGCGGUUUUCAGCUUUGGGUUUUGGUGCCAGAAUUCCUCCAAAUUAUGAGGUGUCCCACGAUUUCGCCAUCAAUUUCAACCCAGAGGAUGAUGAAUGCGAAGGGAUCCAGGGAGUUGUCGAGGCAUAUCAGAACUGUCUUCCUAAGAUCCAAUUAUAUGGCCCAACAAACGUUGCGCCAAUUAUUAACAGGUUAGCCAAGGUUGCGGCAGGAGAUGGCAACAUUAAAGAUGCUUCGAGAUACCACAUCCUGCUCAUCCUCACAGAUGGCGUGGUCACAGACAUGGCGGACACACGUGAAGCCAUCGUUCGAGCGUCCUACCAGCCUCUUUCCAUCAUCAUUGUUGGCGUGGGCAAUGCAGAUUUCACAGACAUGCAGAUCCUGGAUGGAGACGAUGGUGUCCUGCGGUCACCGAAGGGCGAGCCUGUCCUCAGAGACAUUGUGCAAUUCGUCCCCUUCCGAGACUUCAAAACGGCUUCUCCUGCAGCUCUGGCUAAGUGUGUUCUUGCAGAAGUACCCGGCCAAGUAGUUGAGUAUUUCAGCCAUAAGGCCAUUUCACCAAUGAGCUCAAUGAGGGAGUUGCUGACCCCCAUCCUCAGCCCAGUGGCCACCACCCCAACAGAGUAACUGGCUGUUCUGUACCUGCAACCCACCUUGGAGCGCACACUAAGAGGGGAAGAAGAUGCAUGAAGAUGAGAACCGAAGAGAACAUGCUUCUUAAUGUGUUGUUACUUCUUUAUUUUAGAUAAAAUGUUUACACAGAGACUGAAAUACAAGAGAUUUGGGGUUAUGUUUCUGUGCUCUGUGUGGGUUGAGCACUUUUUCCUAGCUGUGCAAACUGACCAUCCAGCUUUUUCAGCAACUCAAGCCCUGAGGGGUUUGGUUUUCUCCUCAUUAUGUUUAUGCAUGCGGGUCAAGACCUUACGAUGAUUUAGUAAUCAGACAGAGGCUUGUUUUUCCUUUUUGUCCUCACAUCAGUUUAAGGUGUCCCUUCCCUUUUCACACAUAUUUAAAUAAUUUUAAAUGCAAUCAGAAUUAGAUUGUUUAACAAUUUUUAAUCAAGGUAAAAGAAUUGUAAGAAAUGCUGCAGUUUAUUGUUAGACUCAUAAUUUGUCUGUGGGCUUGAGAGUGGGUCUAGUGGCAGAAUUGGCCUUAUUUUUGAAUUACGACAUUUCUAUAUACGCAUACAUCAUAAAUUCAAUUCCCAGUACAGGAAAUAACAUCAGUAUGCACUGUAAAUGUCAAUUUUUUUUAUUCAUGUGUACUUCUUGAUGUAAUAUAUUGGUAAAAGCUUUGUCUGAAUGUGCACCAGCCGCUGACAACAAAACAGAACCUGCGUUACAAAACAUGUGAAUGCAAAGAUGGACAGUGCUGAUUAGGUCAGUGCAAUCUAUUUAUAUUUCACCAAAUCCUGAGAGAGGUCACCUCUGAACACUAGACAGAAGAGCAAACAAGAUAAAAUCAUGUUAAGCUGCAUAAAGUCGAAACAACGUUUCAAAUCUGGUAUAUGUAAAUAUCAAUAUGGUAUCAACAUCCAGAUACAUUUUAUGUUUGCAGAUUUUAGGUGUCACUGUGUGAAACUGCGAGUGACCUGACUUCACAGAUCUGCAGUAUGUGCUAUAGCUUUGGCUCUUUAUGUGCUAUUUUCCUUCAAGACUGUGAGCUGAAAGCUUAAAAAAAAAUACAACCGGGCUAGAUUAUUAUUUUUCUUUCUGAAGAGAGUAAACCAGUUUGUGGUUUGCUGUCAAGUGGCUACAGUAAGCAGUGGAAAUCAUGCGUCACGGCAGGUUAUCUCCGAACCAUUGUAUCGUUGUCAUCCUUUAGUGAGCCAUUCUGAUAGUAAACUUUCAUGUAUCUGCUGUAAGUUUUGUUCUGCAGAGACACUCAAUUGACCUUUUUUUGCUGCUUUUAUAUGCAACAUAAUUUUACCAGAUGUUUAAUGAAAUAUUCAAGUUGUGAGAAGCUUAAAUUGAAGCACAGCACAAAAACCAUUUAUUGGUUAAUGCUGUAACACAUGUUAAGAUUGUGUUCAUUUACAUCAGGAUAAUAAAUUAUUUGAAAUUAAUGUUA